UCUCUCUCUCUCUCUCUCUCUCUCAUCUUCACACCUCUUUAAACCUUCCUCCUCCAUCUCCCCCUUUUCUUCAUAUCACAUCCUCCUCCACCUUCACUUCAUUAACACCUUCAAUCAAGAAACAUCAUCACCAUGCCAUCAUACACACCUCCCACCACCACCACCACCACCACCACCACCACCAAACCAGACCUCCAAACUCUCAUCUCAACCUCUCUCCCAUUCCUCCACAACGACCUCCCUUCAAUCCACCCUUCUCUCCCAUCCCUCAUCUCCACCCUCAUCUCUUCCGGCGCCGCCGACUGCUGGCACAAACACUCCACCUUCUUCUCCCACCUCCUCUCCGUCCACCGCAUCCUCUCUCUCUGGUCCUCUUCCUCUUCCUCUUCCCCUCUCCCUCUCGCCGGCCUCUUCCACUCCGCCUACUCCAACUCCUACGUCAACCUCGCUAUCUUCCCUCCCACCUCCUCUUCCCGCGCAACUCUCACCUCUCUCCUCACUCCCUCCGUCGAGCGUCUCGUCCAUCUCUUCUGCGUCAUCCCUCGCCAUCUCCUCAUCCACGACCUUCUCCUCUCUCACUUCCCUUCCGACGACGAUCUCCGCCACCACCUUCUCCUUUCCCUUGACCCUUCUCAACUUUCAUGGCGUCUCAAAAUCCAAUCUUUCCUCCCUUCCCAAGGUCUCACUCUCAAACACAUCAGGACCGGGGAAGACGUCCAUCUCUCUCGCCGUGUCAUCGCCGCUUUCCUCCUCAUGACCAUGGCUGACUUCAGUGACCAGCUUUUCAGUUUCCAGGACCAGCUCUUCAACAACGACAACGGCAGACUUGAGUUCUCCGGCAAUAACUUCACUUCUCUCUGGCCUGGAGACGGCAAACCUGGGUUAUGGAUGAACUCUAUUUCAAGAAUGGGAGCUUUGUUCAGACUUAUAGUUAGAGAAGAAGAGGUUUUCAUUGAGGAAAGAAGGAGAGCAGGAGGAGUGGAAGUGGAUAAAGAGAGAGAUGAAGACUUAGAACUGGUUAUCCCUCCAGUGUUUGAGAGUUGCACUGAAGUAUUAGGAACAGAGGAACAAAAGGAAGGGAGAGAGUUAUACUGGGAAGCAGUUUGUAGUGGAAGUGGAGGAGAAAAAGAAGAGAAGUUGUUGAAGAAGAGUUGUGAGAAGAACCCUUUUGUAGGGGAACCUCAUAUAGUUUUAGGGCAGGUUUGUUUAGGGUUGGGGAAGUAUGAGGAAGCUGAGAAGGAGGUGGAGAAAGGGUUGAGGUUGGUGUUGGAGUGGGGGAGUAGUUGGGAUAAGAGAAUUGGGUGGGAAGGGUGGGUGGCUUGGGGAAGAGUGUUGUUGAUGAAGGCUAAGGAGAAGGAUUGGCCUAAUACUUCAUGGGGGAUACUUAAUCUUGGCCUUGUCAGAUGAGUACUGCAUGUGCUACCUCUUGGUUUUAGGGUUAGGGUUUUUUCUUGAAAGGGUUGCUGUGUUUAGUCUACUGUGUCCGUAGAAUCUACGGAUGUUUGUGUUUCAAUCAUUGGGUUGAAAUCUAAUAGCUGCAUAUCAUCUUUUAUAUAAAUAUGUAUGAUGUGGCUUUUAUUAGAAUUGAAUUUUACGGAUGUUUGUGUUUCAGUGUGUUUCAGUCAUGAGAUUGAAAUCUAAUGACUGUAGAUCAUCUUUUAUAUAAAUAUGCAUGUUGUGGCUUUUAUUAGAA